UUAUGUUCCGUAGUGGACAAACAGCUAACGGGAAGGGACAUUGUGUUCUUGUUGGAUGGAUCUGAUGGCACUAGAACUGGAUUCCCAGCUAUGCGAGACUUUGUCCAAAGAGUAGUAGAGACACUGAGUGUGGAUGACAACAAAGACCGCGUCUCAGUGGUUCAGUACAGCAGAGAGCCAACUGUCCAGUUCUAUCUGAACACGUACACCACAAAAGGCCAGAUCCUUGACACUGUCAGAGGUUUGAGGCACAAAGGCGGGAGACCCCUCAACACUGGAGCAGCUCUCCAGCACUUGAGGGAUAAUGUCUUCACGGCCUCUGCCGGAAGCAGGCGCCUGCAAGGAGUUCCACAGGUCCUGAUAUUGCUAAACGGUGGAAGGUCUUUUGACCGUGUCGAUGCACCAGCCUCUGCUCUCAAACAGCUGGGUGUCUUGACCUUUGCAAUUGGAACCAGGAACUCCGAUAGCAGAGAACUGCAGGACAUAUCCCACGAUCCCAGUUACCCUCUGUCUGUGUCUGAAUUCACUGACCUUCCCAGCGUCCAAAAGCAGCUUCAGUCCUCCGUGGAGGCUGCGGUUAUUGACGUCACCCCAGAGUCACCAACUGUACUUGUUGACACUGCCAAAAAGGAUAUCGUAUUCCUUCUGGACGGUUCUGAUGGCACAAGGAAUGGCUUCCCAGCCAUGCGUGAUUUUGUUGAGAAAGUGGUGGAGAAACUCAAUGUGGGACAAAACAAUGACCGUGUCUCUGUGGUCCAGUACAGCAGAGAUGCAGAGGUCAAUUUCUAUCUGAACACAUACACCACAAGAGAGGAUGUUGUGGAUUCGGUCAGAGGGCUGACACACAAAGGAGGCAGACCCCUCAACACCGGGGCAGCCCUCCAGUACGUCAGGGACAAUGUCUUUACAAACUCCUCCGGGAGUAGGCGCCUGCAAGGUGUUCCACAGAUGUUGAUCCUGCUAAAUGGUGGAAGGUCUUUUGACAAUGUAGACGCCCUGGCCUCUGCUCUCAAACAGCAGGGCAUCUUUGUGAUUGGCAUUGGAACAAGGGGCUCUGACAGUAGAGAGCUGCAGAAGAUAUCAUAUGAUCCUAAUCUUGCUCUAUCAGUGUCUGACUUCACUGACCUCCCCAGUGUACAAGAACAGCUCUCCUCUGCAAUGAGCACAGUGGUAGUGAGAGCCACGGAGGUGACACCAACAGUGACUGUGGACAAACAGCUAACGGGAAGGGACAUUGUGUUCUUGUUGGAUGGAUCUGAUGGCACUAGAACUGGAUUCCCAGCUAUGCGAGACUUUGUCCAAAGAGUAGUAGAGACACUGAGUGUGGAUGACAACAAAGACCGCGUCUCAGUGGUUCAGUACAGCAGAGAGCCAACUGUCCAGUUCUAUCUGAACACGUACACCACAAAAGGCCAGAUCCUUGACACUGUCAGAGGUUUGAGGCACAAAGGCGGGAGACCCCUCAACACUGGAGCAGCUCUCCAGCACUUGAGGGAUAACGUCUUCACGGCCUCUGCCGGAAGCAGGCGCCUGCAAGGAGUUCCGCAGGUCCUGAUAUUGCUAAACGGUGGAAGGUCUUUUGACCGUGUCGAUGCACCAGCCUCUGCUCUCAAACAGCUGGGUGUCUUGACCUUUGCAAUUGGAACCAGGAACUCCGAUAGCAGAGAACUGCAGGACAUAUCCCACGAUCCCAGUUACGCUCUGUCUGUGUCUGAAUUCACUGACCUUCCCAGCGUCCAAAAGCAGCUUCAGUCCUCCGUGGAGGCUGCGGUUAUUGACGUCACCCCAGAGUCACCAACUGUACUUGUUGACACUGCCAAAAAGGAUAUCGUAUUCCUUCUGGACGGUUCUGAUGGCACAAGGAAUGGCUUCCCAGCCAUGCGUGAUUUUGUUGAGAAAGUGGUGGAGAAACUCAAUGUGGGACAAAACAAUGACCGUGUCUCUGUGGUCCAGUACAGCAGAGAUGCAGAGGUCAAUUUCUAUCUGAACACAUACACCACAAGAGAGGAUGUUGUGGAUUCGGUCAGAGGGCUGACACACAAAGGAGGCAGACCCCUCAACACCGGGGCAGCCCUCCAGUACGUCAGGGACAAUGUCUUUACAAACUCCUCCGGGAGUAGGCGCCUGCAAGGUGUUCCACAGAUGUUGAUCCUGCUAAAUGGUGGAAGGUCUUUUGACAAUGUAGACGCCCCGGCCUCUGCUCUCAAACAGCAGGGCAUCUUUGUGAUUGGCAUUGGAACAAGGGGCUCUGACAGUAGAGAGCUGCAGAAGAUAUCAUAUGAUCCUAAUCUUGCUCUAUCAGUGUCUGACUUCACUGACCUCCCCAGUGUACAAGAACAGCUCUCCUCUGCAAUGAGCACAGUGGUAGUGAGAGCCACGGAGGUGACACCAACAGUGACUGUGGACAAACAGCUAACGGGAAGGGACAUUGUGUUCUUGUUGGAUGGAUCUGAUGGCACUAGAACUGGAUUCCCAGCUAUGCGAGACUUUGUCCAAAGAGUAGUAGAGACACUGAGUGUGGAUGACAACAAAGACCGCGUCUCAGUGGUUCAGUACAGCAGAGAGCCAACUGUCCAGUUCUAUCUGAACACGUACACCACAAAAGGCCAGAUCCUUGACACUGUCAGAGGUUUGAGGCACAAAGGCGGGAGACCCCUCAACACUGGAGCAGCUCUCCAGCACUUGAGGGAUAAUGUCUUCACGGCCUCUGCCGGAAGCAGGCGCCUGCAAGGAGUUCCACAGGUCCUGAUAUUGCUAAACGGUGGAAGGUCUUUUGACCGUGUCGAUGCACCAGCCUCUGCUCUCAAACAGCUGGGUGUCUUGACCUUUGCAAUUGGAACCAGGAACUCCGAUAGCAGAGAACUGCAGGACAUAUCCCACGAUCCCAGUUACGCUCUGUCUGUGUCUGAAUUCACUGACCUUCCCAGCGUCCAAAAGCAGCUUCAGUCCUCCGUGGAGGCUGCGGUUAUUGACGUCACCCCAGAGUCACCAACUGUACUUGUUGACACUGCCAAAAAGGAUAUCGUAUUCCUUCUGGACGGUUCUGAUGGCACAAGGAAUGGCUUCCCAGCCAUGCGUGAUUUUGUUGAGAAAGUGGUGGAGAAACUCAAUGUGGGACAAAACAAUGACCGUGUCUCUGUGGUCCAGUACAGCAGAGAUGCAGAGGUCAAUUUCUAUCUGAACACAUACACCACAAGAGAGGAUGUUGUGGAUUCGGUCAGAGGGCUGACACACAAAGGAGGCAGACCCCUCAACACCGGGGCAGCCCUCCAGUACGUCAGGGACAAUGUCUUUACAAACUCCUCCGGGAGUAGGCGCCUGCAAGGUGUUCCACAGAUGUUGAUCCUGCUAAAUGGUGGAAGGUCUUUUGACAAUGUAGACGCCCCGGCCUCUGCUCUCAAACAGCAGGGCAUCUUUGUGAUUGGCAUUGGAACAAGGGGCUCUGACAGUAGAGAGCUGCAGAAGAUAUCAUAUGAUCCUAAUCUUGCUCUAUCAGUGUCUGACUUCACUGACCUCCCCAGUGUACAAGAACAGCUCUCCUCUGCAAUGAGCACAGUGGUAGUUAGAGCCACGGAGGUGACACCAACAGUGACUGUGGACAAACAGCUAACGGGAAGGGACAUUGUGUUCUUGUUGGAUGGAUCUGAUGGCACUAGAACUGGAUUCCCAGCUAUGCGAGACUUUGUCCAAAGAGUAGUAGAGACACUGAGUGUGGAUGACAACAAAGACCGCGUCUCAGUGGUUCAGUACAGCAGAGAGCCAACUGUCCAGUUCUAUCUGAACACGUACACCACAAAAGGCCAGAUCCUUGACACUGUCAGAGGUUUGAGGCACAAAGGCGGGAGACCCCUCAACACUGGAGCAGCUCUCCAGCACUUGAGGGAUAAUGUCUUCACGGCCUCUGCCGGAAGCAGGCGCCUGCAGGGAGUUCCACAGAUGUUGAUCCUGCUAAAUGGUGGAAGGUCUUUUGACAAUGUAGACGCCCCGGCCUCUGCUCUCAAACAGCAGGGCAUCUUUUUGAUUGCCAUUGGAACAAGGGGCUCUGACAGUAGAGAGCUGCAGAAGAUAUCAUAUGAUCCUAAUCUUGCUCUAUCAGUGUCUGACUUCACUGACCUCGCCAGUGUCCAAGAACAGCUCUCCUCUGCAAUGAGCACAGUGGUAGUGAUGGCCACGCUGGUGAAACCUAUAUUAAUUGUUGACAAAGAGCUUCCAGGAAGGGACAUUGUGUUCUUGUUGGAUGGAUCUGAUGGCACUAGAACUGGAUUCCCAGCUAUGCGAGACUUUGUCCAAAGUGUAGUAGAGACACUGAGUGUGGAUGACAACAAAGAUCGCGUCUCAGUGGUUCAGUACAGCAGAGAGCCAACUGUCCAGUUCUAUCUGAACACGUACACCACAAAAGGCCAGAUCCUUGACACUGUCAGAGGUUUGAGGCACAAAGGCGGGAGACCCCUCAACACUGGAGCAGCUCUCCAGCACUUGAGGGAUAAUGUCUUCACGGCCUCUGCCGGAAGCAGGCGCCUGCAGGGAGUUCCACAGGUCCUGAUAUUGCUAAGUGGUGGAAGGUCUUUUGACAGUGUCGAUGCACCAGCCUCUGCUCUCAAACAGCUGGGUGUCCUGACCUUUGCAAUUGGAACCAGGAGCUCUGAUAGUAUAGAACUUCAAAAGAUAUCCCGCGAUCCAAGUUAUGCACUCUCUGUAUCUGAAUUCUUUGAUCUUUCCAGUGUCCAGCAGCAGCUUCAGUCCUCCGUGGAGGCUGUGGUUAUUGACGUCACCCCAGAAUCACCCACUGUUAUUGCAGAGUCAGCAGGACCACGGAAGGAUAUUGUUUUCCUUGUUGAUGGAUCUAAUGGUGUUGGACGGGAAUUUCCUAUCAUCCAGGAGUUCAUCCGCAGGAUCGUGGAGAGUCUCAAUGUGGGCGAGAAUAAGAUCCAGAUUGGUGUGGUCCAGUAUGGGGACUUUGCUCAGGCUGACAUGUAUCUGAACUCAUAUACAACCAAAGAAGGUGUUUUGAAUGCUGUAAGGGGAAUGAGACAGCGAGGAGGAAGACAGCGGAACCUGGGUCAGGCCUUGCAGUUUGUGAGUGAGGAUGUCCUGACGGCAGCACGCGGAAGCAGGAAGCAAGACGGUGUACCACAGUUUGUAAUCGUCAUCGCCAGUGGAUCUUCAACAGAUGACAUCAGUCGUCCAGCAUCUUCCCUAAAACAAUCUAGAGUUCUUCCCUUCAGCAUUGGGACCAGGGAUGUUCACCCUACAGAGCUCCGGGUGGUGUCAUAUGUGCCUAAUUUUGCCUUCACUGUAGAUGACCUCCCUAGCCUGCACACAGUCCAAGAAAACUUAAUCACUACUCUCACUGAACUGUCAGAUGAUGACAUUGCCACGAUGCGUCCAGUAUUCCCAACUCCUGAUGCAGCAAUCACACCCGCAUCCACAGGAGGAGAAAAGAGGGAUGUCGUAUUUCUAAUUGAUGGCACGACAGCCAUGCGUAGUGAGUUCUCUUCCAUCCGUGAAAUGAUAAGAAGAGUUGUGGAGAAGCUGGAUGUAGGAUUGGAUACGGUCCGAAUAUCAGUUGUGCAGUACAGCGAUGACCCAAAGUUAGAAUUUCUUCUGAACGAAUUCUCCACCAAAGAUGAGGUACGCCAGGCUGUGAUGAAACUUCGAAGCAAAGGUGGAAACAGCCUAAACACAGGUCGUGCUCUUGAGUGGGUCUCCAGAAACAUCUACCAGAGGUCAGCGGGAAGCCGCAUCGAGGAUGGUAUUCCUCAGUUCCUCAUCCUAGUUACAGGUGGCAAGUCUACAGAUGACGUAUCCACUGCAGCCGACCAACUUAAGAGAAACCUGGUUGCCCCUCUUGCCAUCGGCUCAAGGAAUGCUGACCCUGAUGAACUGAAACAGAUUUCCCUGAAGCCUGAACUUGUAUAUACAGUUGACAGUUUCCAGCAGCUUCCAAGAGUGGAGUCACAGCUCAUUGAUUCUGUCAAAACAAUUUCCACCGCUGAUAUAGUUGCUAGUUAUGCUCCUUCAGAAGAUUUAGACCCCAUACAUCUUGGGAAAAAAGACAUUAUCUUCCUUAUUGAUGGUUCAGACAAUACAGGUGCUGCUGGCAUUGCUCAUAUCCGCGACUUCAUCCUCCAAAUUGUCCAACAACUCGACGUGCAGCCUGAUCAAGUGCGUGUGGCUGUUGUCCAGUAUGCAGACAGAGUUAAAACUGAAUUCUCACUCAACUCACACAACAACAAACCAGCUGUUAUUUCUGCAAUCAAAAGACUUCGUCAGAUGGGUGGUCGGUCAUCAGACCUGGCUGAUGCCAUUAAAUAUGUUAUGCAGAAUGAGUUAAAACCCUCUGCUGGUGUUCGUCUCACUGAGGCCUCCCAGCAUCUCGUGGUUCUGACAGGCGGACGGUCAUCCCAAGAUGUUUCCAUCUAUGGACCUCUGCUCAAGAGCUCCCGAGUAAGCUGCAUCGGUGUUGGAGCUGGUGGUGCUGACACAAGGCAACUAUCCCAAAUUGCCACCACCGCAGAUGAUGUUCUUCAGGUUCCUACAAUUUCUGGACUGUCAGCACUCCAGGAUAGGGUUAUUACCAGGUUGAGUGGGACUAUCCCUGAGGAACCACCCACAGACUACCCAGGCCUGCCAACUAAAAAGGCUGAUAUUGUGUUUUUGGUGGAUGGUUCCAUCAAUUUGGGCCGGGACAACUUCAAAGAAGUGAUGUCAUUUAUCAUCAACCUAAUUGACCUGUUCUACAAUGACAAAGACGACCUGCAGAUUGGCCUAGCACACUAUGCUGCAGAUGUGACUGAUGUCAUGUACCUCAACACGUACAAGAACAAGCAAGACAUUAUGAAUGCCAUUGAACUAACAGAGUACAAAGGUGGACGUAAAAUCAACAUUGGUGCAGCCAUUCGCCAUGUUCAAGAUGUUCACUUUACCAAAGAAAAAGGCAGUAGGAUGGACGAGGGCACUCCUCAGAUCCUAAUGGUUAUCACUGGAGGGCGCUCAGCCGAUGACAGCAAAACAGCAUCCCUUGGUUUGAAGAAAAAAGGUGUGAGAAUCUUUGCUGUAGGAGUGGGCAACACUGGGAAUGAGCUAGAAAAUAUUGCAAGUGAGUCUUCCACUGUGGCUCGAGCAAGCACCUUCCUGGAGCUUUCAGAGCUCAAUGAGCAAAUCUUGGAGACUUUGGAUGAUGAAGUGAAGGGGAAGCUUUGUGUUGGUGUGCCAGAUGUCCCAAAAACCUGCAACAUAGAGGUGUUGGUUGGCUUUGAUGUUAAUGGCCAGAACAUCUUUAGUACUCAGACCAACCUCCAGAGCAAGAUGGGCACCAUUCUGCAGAGGAUUUCCAAAAUGGCAGCUAUCAGUUGCUCAUCUGGGCAGAUUCCCUCUGUUCAAGUGGGCAUGCUAGCCAUGGAUUCUGCCUCUGAGCCUGUCCAGCUGGACUUCACAGACAAUGCUGAUGAGCUCUUUGAGGCCUUCAGAGCUUUGCGGAAUCGUGGCCCCUUUGUCCUCAAUGGCAAAACCAUCUCAGCUUACACCAAUAGGUUCAAGACAAGACAGGACAAUGUUGUCAAGGUUGUCAUUCAUUUGACUGAUGGUCUCGAUGCCCCAUAUGCUGAAAUGAAAAGGCGAGUUGGGGAGCUUCAGAUGUCAGGAGUGAACAGUUUUAUUCUGGUUGGGUUGGAGCGGGUGCUCAAGUUUGAGGAGGCUGUGAUGUUGGAAUAUGGCCGUGGCUUCAGGUACACCAGACCAUUGCGAGUCAAUAUCAUGGACUUGGACUAUGAGCUUGUGGAAGAACUGGACAAUAUUGCAGAAAGAGAGUGCUGUGAAGUGCCUUGCAAAUGUACUGGUACCAGAGGAGAUCGUGGAGCAGUUGGACUUCCAGGCAAUAAGGGUAGUCCAGGAUUUGCAGGAAGCCAAGGACAUCCUGGAGAUGAGGGUGGACCUGGAGAGAGAGGUCCUCCUGGUGUGAAUGGAACACAGGGUUUCCAGGGAUGUCCUGGACAGAGAGGUACCAAGGGUUCUCGUGGGUAUUCAGGAGAAAAGGGUGAAAUUGGAGAAAUUGGUCUUGAUGGCAUCAAUGGAGAGGAGGGUAAAAGUGGAGUGGCUGGACCCCCUGGAGACAGAGGACAACCUGGCAGCAGAGGUGCCAAAGGUGCCAAAGGACAAGCAGGAGACAGAGGAGAAUUGGGAAUCAGAGGAGACCCUGGUACAAGCGGACAAGACAACAACCGUGCAGGACCUAAAGGAGACCCUGGUGAUGCUGGUCCAGCGGGAGAUCCAGGUGAGGAUGGAAAGAAGGGAGGACCUGGUGAACUUGGAAGAAGGGGAGGUGAUGGCAGAAGAGGCCCACCUGGACAGGCUGGAAUUCCUGGAAAGCCAGGAGCUGACGGUGUGCAGGGAGAGCCUGGUAUUGGAGGAUCUAGAGGUCCAUCUGGACCAAAUGGUGCCCCAGGACCCAGAGGAGAGGACGGUAACCCUGGACCCAGGGGUCCUGGAGGUGACCCAGGCCCCGGUGGAGAUAAGGGCAGAAGAGGACCUAUUGGUCGCAAGGGAGAGCCAGGAGAGCCAGGACCUAAGGGUGUUGUUGGACCUCUUGGCCCCCGUGGAGAGCCUGGUGAAGAUGGUAGAGACGGGUUUGGUGUUGCAGGACCCAAAGGAAGAAGGGGUGAUGAAGGCUUCCCUGGAUUCCCAGGACCAAAGGGAGCAGCUGGUGACCCCGGCACCAAGGGUGGACCUGGACCCAUCGGAAAUCGUGGACAGAGGGGUGUCUCUGGGGAUGCGGGUACACCUGGACAGAAAGGAGAGGUUGGAUAUCCAGGGCCAUAUGGUCAGAAAGGGCCGAGAGGACCAGGAGUUGUGCAAUGUGACCUGGUCCAGAAGAUUAGAGACAACUGCCCUUGCUGUUAUGGUAAGCAGGAAUGCCCGCUCUACCCCACUGAGCUGGCCUUUGCCCUGGAUGUCUCUGAUGGUGUCACCCGUGCAGUUUUCAACAACAUGCGUGACACAGUCCUGCGCCUGGUCAAAGACAUCACCAUCUCUGAGAGUAACUGCCCAAGAGGAGCUCGUGUUGCUUUGACCCUGUACAACAGCGAUGUUGUCACUGAGGUCCGUUUCGCCGAUGCAUUGAAGAAGCGUGCUCUGACGCAGCGCAUCGAGGGACUGCAGACCCUACAGACAGGCAAGAAGCGCAGUUUGGACACGGCCAUGAGCUUUGUGGCCCAGAACACCUUCAAGAGGGUACGCAGCGGCUUCCUCAUGAGGAAAGUGGCCAUCUUCUUUGUCGGUGCGCAACUCGGUCAGGUACAAGCGGUUACUAAUGCAGCUCUCCGCCUCCAUGAUGCUGGAAUUGCCACUCUGUUCCUUGUCAACCGUGAGGAAAGAGCACUCGCCAGAGCACUGCAGGUCAACAACACAGCCCUGGCCCAGGUAAUUGUCCUUCCCAACCCUGGAAGUCCACAGUAUAAUUCAGUCAUCCAAAAGGUUAUGAACUGCCAUAUCUGCCUAGAUGUCUGCUCUCCGGACCAAAUGUGUGACUAUGUGCCACCACUGAUCACCCGAGACAGGAGGUCUUCCACCACAGAUGUGGACAUCGACAUGGCAUUCGUCAUGGACAGCUCUGAGUCCACCUACCCAACUGUCUUUACUGAGAUUAAACGCUACAUAGCUCAGAUAGUAGAAAACCUACACGUGUCUUCAAAUCCCACAUCGUCCCUUCACCACGCCAGAGUGUCAGUAAUCCAGCAAGCGCCUUAUGAGUACCUCCACAACAAGACCGGCUCUCCCAUCCGCGUGGAUAUCGGCUUGACUGAGCACAAGUCAGCUCAGGAUAUUGUCAGAUUCCUGCUGGACAAAACACCGCAGUUAGAGGGUGGCCGGGCGCUGGCAAAGGCUAUCGAAUCAACAGUGGAGCUGGUGUUUGAGAAGGCGCCUCUCCCACGUGACAGGAAAGUACUGAUGCUCUUUGUGACAGGAAGCGUGGAAGAAGAGGAGGAGCAGCUGGUGCGUAUUGCCACUGAGGUCAAGUGCAGAGGCUACUUCCUGGUCAUCAUGGGUGUGGCUGAAAAACUGAGUGCUAGAGAUACUCGCGUCUUGUCUCUCAUGGCCAGUGAGCCAUCAGACGUCUUCUUCAAAAGGCUGGACAGCAUCUCGAGCUUUUAUGACAAGCACCUUCAGACCUUUAGCCAGCUGCUGCCAAAGUAUAUCAGCAUUGAAAACGCUUUCUACAUGUCCCCCGAGGUCUCCAAAAACUGCAAGUGGUUCCAGAGCGACCAGCCACUAAAAAACCCCUUCACAUCAUCACAGCAGCAGGAGAAACAUCAGAAGCAUCAUGAGAACCAGCAAGCAGUUCAUCAAAGAAAGCACAAAGACGCAGAUGAGCUUCACGUCUUCAAUGUCACCUCCAGCGGCUUGAAGCUGCGUUGGAACAGCGCCGACCCCAAGCUCUUCGUCUACUUUGAGGUUGCGGUGACACGGUUGGCCGAUCACGCCCUGGUACUGAAGACCAACGUCUCCGGCACUGAGCUCUCUGUGGACAACUUACAGAGUGCUCAGACGUAUCAUGUCGUGGUCACUGCCCACACUGCGGAGGGUCAAAUUGUCUCUACCCGCAAAGGCAUCGUCACUACCAAAGCAGCAGAGCGUAAACCAGUCAGCCACAGGACCAGUACUGUAAAUACCAAACCACUGGACAAACCAGAAACUGUUAAUGAGUUUGCAGACCCAUGCUCACAUGACUAUGACCCUGGAAUGCCGUGCAAAGACUAUCAGGCUAAGUGGUUCUUUGACAGAAAGAACGGGAUCUGUACACAGUUCUGGUAUGGAGGUUGUGGAGGCAAUGACAAUAGGUUCGACACUGAGACCCUCUGCUUGAAACACUGCAUGAGGUCAGAACCAGAACUUCAGCUCAAGGUGAAGCGGGGUGAACAGGUGGAGAUCCUCCCGGCACCUGCGGCCUUCACAGCCGUGGACAUUUGCCAGCUUCCCAAAGAGGAAGGUACUUGUGCCAAGUUUGUCCUCAAGUGGCACUACGAUGCCCCCAGCAAGACCUGUACACGUUUCUGGUACGGAGGCUGCGGUGGAAACCAGAACCGCUUCAACACACAUGAUCAGUGUGUGAAGGCUUGUGGAAAACCAGCAUCCGUCAGCCAAGGAGUCAGUGCUGAAAUAAGAACAUAGGACUGAAGAGACAAACAUGGCCAGUUUUUUUUACCUCUGUUUAGGGGAUUCUGAGAAGAAACAUCCAAAAUGGCCGUGCUACAAAGAUGCAAUACCAAAGCAACGGUGGCUGCACUGGAUCCACGAAAAUGGACUUCAUACCCAAAAUUCUUGAAGUAGUCUUUUUCACAGCAAGAAGGAAGGCAACACGAUUUGCUGCAUGAUUUGUUUUGACCUACUGGUGCUACAUAGUAUGUUUGUUUUACAGAUGAAGUUUGUUUAAGUGCAUUCAGUUUUGUAAAGUCAAGUUUUCUGGAACAUCAUAUGAGUUUUCAUAUUUUUUAAAAAUGCAGUUUUAUAAUGAAACAAGAAUCGUAUAUGAAUAUCUUGGAACAGAGAUUAGCAAUAAAUCAGUACAUGCAGGCGUUACGCAGUGCAGUAAUCUUUUUUAUGUUGUGUUUUUUUUUUUUUUUUUUUACAUUCCACAUUCACAUAGCAACAUAGGCUUUUAUUGAUUUAUGUUGUUUUCAAGCUCACUUGAUUCCUGUUGAAUCAUUCCUUCACUAUUUUUACAGUCACAGAAUCCACAGCAGCGUUUACACAGGUCUUGUACGGUGGUGUGUGUAUUUAAAAAGACAGUGACCAACUGCUUGGAUGCAAAAAAAAAAAAACAAUAAUGUAACACAAAGUGCACUUCCGGAGCCACUGCCUCAAAAACACAAGUUCCGGCUGUUGAGAAAUGGAAUGUACUUGUCAAGCUGUUUUUUAUUUUUGUUUUAUCUGGUUUUAUUGAAAUUUGUGUUUCAUCUGGGUGUAGGGGAAAUAAAAAUGAAUCAGACUUUCUAAUAAACAUGAGCAACUGA